UACAGUCGCACGUUGUUUUCGCAUGUUGUGCGUUAUGAUAUUUAGAAAAGUAUUUACUAGUUUAAUCAUUUUAGGUCUUGCUGCGCAAGUUUGGUCACAUGUUGAGAUAGAGGCUGAAGAUUACUUCUUUCCCUUAGAGCCAGUAAUCAAUUUCUGCAAAAUGGCGGAUCAGUGUCAACACGACUUCGUUCCUAUUUGCGGACAGGACUCGCUCGGAAUCACUAGAAUGUUCAACGACAAUUGCGAUUUAUACGAAUAUAAUUGCGACGAGAAGAAACAAUACCGUCACGUCAAAAUGGAUGUCUGCAAAUACGAAGCAGCAGCGGCUGAGAGAACAAUAUAACUAUA